GUCCUGGAAGCACUGCACUAAUGUAAAAGUACGUCUUUACGUACUCUCUUCUGAAGUUGUAGUUACUGACAAAUAAUUUAUAAAGUAGCAGCACUUCGCUGACACCGACGUCUCCUUUGUACACUCAACACAUCCUCCGCCCAACAGGUAACCGCGGUCAGUGGCAGAUCGAUCUGCUUCGCGCGAAUAUCGCUCUGCGCGGUGCGCAUGCGCAACGGUUGUAAACAAAUGAGCGUUGCAGCAGUAGAAGUGGACCGAUGGCAUUAUAGUUCUCAGAGCUAUUAGAGCGGGUAUCUGUUCAGAUGGAGCCUGUGAAGCAGCAUCUGACUGAGUUUUCACUGGAGGCGCACGAUUUGUAUUUGAAUCAUUCAGUGCCUUACCUAGAGGAACCACCUGAUCCACUGCAGUUCUACCGCAAUUGGAUCGGCCCAAACAAGCCCUGCAUUAUCCGCAAGGCCUUUAGCCAUUGGCCAGCUCUGUCCAGGUGGACACCGGAUUACCUGAGGGAAAAGGUGGGGUCAAAGAUCAUCAGUGUGGCGGUUACUCCCAAUGGCUACGCCGACGCUGUGAGUGGCGAUCGAUUCGUCAUGCCUGAGGAGAGACAGAUGAGCUUUUCUUCUGUUCUCGACAUCAUUGAGGGGAAGGUGGAGAAGUGUGGAGUGUUUUAUAUUCAGAAACAGUGCUCGAACCUACUGGAAGAGCUGCCGGAGCUGACACAGGACGUGGAGCCGCACGUUCCCUGGAUGAGCAGUGCGCUCGACCCACAGGAGGUCAAUCUCCAAGGAUCAUGUCUCUGCCUCGGUCCAGCUCCUCAGCCAGACUCCUCACAGUCCUCCCCAUGCUUCUGGGAUUCUUGGUUCUGUGCUGGUAAGCUUCCUGAUGCAGUGAAUUUUUGGCUUGGGGAGGCGGACGCCAUCACCUCCUUGCACAAAGAUCACUACGAGAACCUUUACUGUGUCAUCUCUGGAGAGAAAAACUUCAUCUUGCUUCCGCCCACAGACCGACCCUUCAUUCCCUACGGUGUCUAUCAACCUGCUGUUUACCAUCAGGGCUAUGACAGUGACUUUGAAGCCGUUGACCAAAGCAACACUGAAAAGGUUCCAUGGAUCCCUCUGGACCCCCUGAAACCAGACCUGGAGCAGUACCCAGAAUAUCGACAUGCUCGGCCAGUCCGCUGCAGUGUGAAGGCCGGCGAGAUGCUGUACCUGCCAUCUUUAUGGUUCCACCACGUCCAGCAGUCACACGGCUGCAUUGCAGUGAACUUCUGGUACGACAUGGAAUACGACAUCAAGUACAACUACUUCCAGCUGCUGGAGAGGUUGAGUGAGGUCACAGGGGCCACAUGACAUCGGAAGUUGGCUCGAUACUAUGAUUGGUGACAGUAAAUGAAGGUUGAAAUCUGU